UGUGGCAGAGCUUCAUCUUCAGAAACCCUAAUCCUAAUCCUAGCUCGAAGCUCCAUCAAUGGCGCCGAAACAGAGGACCCCCAAGGUGAGCCGAAACCCGAAUCUGAUUCGCGGCAUAGGUAAGCACUCCAGAUCCAAGAUGUACCACAAGCGUGGUCUCUGGGCCAUCAAGGCCAAAAACGGCGGCGUUUUUCCCCGCCACGAUGCCAAGCCCAAGGCUCCGGCGCCUGCCGAGAAGUCCCCGAAAUUUUACCCCGCCGAUGAUGUGAAGAAGCCCCUGGUCAACAGACACAAGUCCAAGCUCACCAAGCUCAGGGCUAGUAUUACUCCGGGUACUGUGCUGAUCAUCCUUGCUGGGAGGUUCAAGGGGAAGAGAGUUGUGUUUCUGAAGCAACUUCCAUCUGGAUUGCUCCUAGUUACUGGACCAUUUAAGAUUAAUGGUGUUCCUCUAAGACGUGUGAAUCAAGCCUAUAUCAUUGCAACUUCCACCAAGGUUGACAUCUCUGGAGUAAAUGUGGAAAAGUUUGAUGACAAGUAUUUUGCCAAGGAAACCCAGAAGAAGAAAAAGAAAGGAGAAGGAGAGUUUUUUGAAGCAGACAAGGAGGAAAAAAGUGUGCUCCCACAGGAGAAAAAGGAUGACCAGAAGGCCGUGGAUACACCAUUGAUAAAGUCCAUUGAAGGAGUUCCAGACUUGAGGACCUAUUUGGGUGCAAGGUUUCUCUCAAGGCAGGCAUGAAACCUCAUGAGCUUGUUUUCUAGGGUAGACACUUGAGAAAGUGUUAGGACUUCUCUUCUUUUUCCUACUUUUAGUAUUCUGUUUGUUUGAACAAUGCUCUUCAGCAGCUGUACUCUUCUGGUGUUUUUUUUUUCUCCUGAGCAACCAUCAUCAAAGUGUCUUAUAUUGGGCAGUGAAUUCUGCAAGGUAUUUGGAUUUGCUAUCAUUGAGUACAAGUUUUCACUGAUAUAUAUGAUAUAUAAGAUUCAUUCAUCUUCUUUUGC